CGUUGCUGUGUUUAUGACUUGACUACUGCUUCGGUCGUCGUCGCGUAAGUAACAACCUCUUUCUUUCUUCGGCCAUUGCUACAAUUCACAGGUUGUGCUAAGUAGGUAGCGGUUUUGUUUAUCCAGUGUGUGCUUCACGGUUGAUGUUUUUUGCUCGUGAGGUCAAAAGUCCAACAAGUCGAUUACAUAAGCGAAACGAUGGCUCCGAAGGAACCGUCCCCGUUGGUAAAGUUGUACCUCAUCCUGUAUAAUGGGGGUCAAGUUCUGGGAUGGUCGUAUAUGUUUUAUCAGCUGCUGGCCUACUACACGUUCGAUAAGGGUAAUGGCCAGACGCUAUGGGACUACCUCGGAACCACCGUAAUCAUAUUUCAAAAUGCUGCUGCAUUCGAGAUAAUACAUGCUGUGACGCGAAUAGUUCCAAGCAAUCCGGUCAUCACGACCUUCCAGGUGCUCUCGCGAGUUAUGGUCGUAUGUGGCGUCGUAUUGGCUACUCCAACCGGUAAGACCUCCCCGGGACUGCCCCUUGCCCUGCUCGCCUGGUCCAUAACGGAAAUCAUCCGGUACGGCUACUACGCUCUCAACCUGGUCAAUGCUGUUCCACAGUUUAUCAUCUUCCUCCGGUACACGACCUUCAUCGCUCUCUAUCCGAUCGGAGUGACAGGUGAGCUGCUAUGCUUCUACUGGGCCCAGAGCUACGUGCGCGAAUCUAAACAGUGGAGUAUCGAGAUGCCCAAUUCGUCCAACUUCACCUUCUCCUAUUUCUACUUCCUGUGGUUCGUCAUGCUGCUGUACAUUCCCCUGUUCCCACAGAUGUACCUGCACAUGUUCGCCCAGCGGAGGAAGAUCCUUGGCGGAGGAAGCCAAUCCAGCAAACAGAAGGUCAAAUGAAAAGAAAAGAAAAUAUGCACCUGACAAUUUUUCUUCUAAUCGCCUUCAACAUUUCAUUUGGUUUAAGGGUUCUCUUAGGUUGUAGUAAGAAAUACUCCCAAAUUGGUUGGAAAUGUUUUCAAUUGGUUUCAAACCAGAUAGAUGGCUAUCAAUUGCUCAAAUGACAUUCUCACAUCAGUUCGAAUGCAUGACUGGUGAAGGACCGUUAUAAUUAAUAAAUGAUAAUUAUUAAACUUAA